UUCCGCUCCGGAGCUCCGAGACAGAUGGCAGAAGUCGCUCCCGCCGCCGCGCCGGCCAAAGCGCCCAAGAAGAAAGCAGCUUCAAAGAGCAAGAAAUCAGGCCCGAGCGUCGGCGAGCUCAUCAUCAAAGCGGUUUCUGCAUUGCAGGAGAGGAGCGGCGUGUCCCUCUCCGCCUUGAAGAAAGCUUUACAGGCCGCCGGAUACGAUGUGGAGAAGAACAACUCCCGCGUCAAAAUCGCCGUCAGGAACCUUGUGAGGAAAAGCGUCCUGGUGCAGACCAAAGGGACCGGUGCGUCUGGCUCUUUCAAGCUGAACAAGACGCAGACCGAAGGCAAGAACCCCGCCAAGAAAGCCGCGCCCAAAGCCAGAAAGGUGGCCGCCAAAAAGCCAACCGCCGCUAAGAAGUUAGCGGCCAAGAAACCCGCCGCCAAGAGCCCGAAGAAGGCGAAAAAACCGUCGACCCCCAAAAAGGCUGCCAAGAGCGCGAAGAAGACAAAAACUGCCAAGCCCAAAGCCGUAAAGCCCAAAACGGCCAAGGCGAAAAAGGCGGCCCCCAGAAAGAAGUAA